AUAAAACCAUGGAGCAUCGGGCGGAAAAUGAAAAAAAAAUCGAAUAGAAACAAACAUCCUCCCGAUUACCGCUGCGUUAAUCAUCUGCUUUCGCUUUCAGUAAAAUAUUGACGAAAUUGUUUGCAAACAUGAGAUCCAGAAGCCGUUCCCGCAGUCGAAGUAAACGUGAUAAGAAAAGGAGCAAGCGUGCAACUAGCUCCCGUUCCAACUCUUCUACCAGUGAUAGCAGUGCUAGUGGUAGAUCCAGCAAUAGCCGCAGUCGCAGCAGCAGCAGCAGCAGCAGCCACAAUGCGAGGGAUAAACGCAAAAGAAGUGUUGAAGCUAACGCGAGAAAUACAGAUAAAGCAUCUGGAAGAAGACGAUCGCGAUCUCCCAAACGUAAGGAUAGUACUUCAAAAGACCGUCGUGAUGAGGCGUCGUCGAGGCAUCGUCAUACGGACAGCCGUCGGCGUCAGUCGCGGACCCCAGAUCGCAAACGGAUAGACCCUGAGGAUGAGCAUCGCAAUCGACGCUCCUUUAGCCCUCGUCAGGAAAGAAGGGAUGGAAGGCGACACAACGACAGUAAUCGGCACGAUGACGAUUCACGGGAUGAACGGCGCCGCCACCGAACUCGCAGUCCACCCGAGCGAAGGGAUCGCUCCGUUGAGCGUUCACGGCGACCGGACGACCGCAGUACACGUCGCAAUGAAGGCGAUCGAAGAAAUGGAAACGAUCGGUCUAAAAACUCUCGCCACCGAUCUCGAAGUCCCCGGGCUCGCCGAGACUCCCCGAGAAACGAUCGUAAGGAACGUUCCGACGAAGACGACGAACGACAGCGGGGGCAACCGAAACGCUGGAUGCACGAUAUGUACGGAACACACGAUUCGCAGCGCAACGUCGACCGAAGCUUCCGGCGUUCGAACCGUGAUCCGAUGGAUGACGAUUUCAUGCAAUCGCGCCGAUUGCAGCGUGAGAUUAUUGGCACCGAGGGCGUACCGGAUGCAUGGGGCGAUUCCCCGUCCGAGGGUAACAGCUCCGACGACGAGCAAGACACGUCCAAAAGCGCUGCGAAGCACAAAAAAGGCGCCAAGGGUGGAAAGGAUAAGAAGAAGUCCUCCAAACAUCGGUCGAAGAAGGACAAGAAAAAGAAAAAAUCAUCCAAAAAGUCUAAAAAGUCCAAGAGCUCGAAGAAAAAGAAACGAAAGGCCAAAAAGGUAGAGUCAUCCGCCUCCUCGUCCGACCCGUCGUCGUCUUCCGAGUCCGCUUCCGAAUCUGCGAGCGGUGAUGAGGAGGUUUGGGUGGAGAAAUCGGAGGCAAGGGCAACGGCGAGCGGUAAGGGUUCAGGGGCAACGCAAGCCGCUACCUCGCAGGCCCGUUCCGUCGAGGAGGACGGAGACAACGUGGUGGGACCGGUGAAGACGAGCGGCAAUCUGAGCCAGAAAGAUUUCGGCCGAGCCUUGCUGCCCGGUGAAGGUGCGGCGAUGGCCGCUUACGUUACGGAGGGCAAGCGCAUUCCACGGCGCGGUGAGAUCGGGCUGACUUCGGACGAAAUUGCCAACUUCGAGCAGGUUGGGUACGUGAUGAGCGGUAGCCGGCACCGGCGCAUGGAAGCCGUCCGUAUACGUAAGGAAAAUCAGAUCUACUCGGCGGACGAAAAGCGUGCGUUGGCCAUGUUCAGCAAGGAGGAACGGCAGAAGCGCGAAAACAAAAUCCUCACCCAGUUCAAGGAGAUGAUCAGCGCCAAGCUGUCGGAGAACAAAAAGUGAACCAAUGUGGUGCACACGGAAUGGAAUUGAAUAAAAUGAAAUUACCACAAACAAGCAGAAAA